UUCUAUGUUCAUGCAAUCAUUAAAAGACAUCCAUAUAUAUAAGAGGCAAGACAACACACACCUCUGGCUCAGAAAGAGAGAGAGAGAGCUGGCAAGGCAAGAUGAAUCCUUGGGCUGGUUUCCACCUGAUUUUUUUCCUGGUUGCUAGUUCUGUGGAGGGACAAGUCUCAAAUGAUGGUACUGGAGGACUCCAGGACACUGAAGCCACUUGCUGUGCACGUGAGUCCCAGCUGUGUGAUCUUUCAGCUUGGUUCUUAGCCGUCAACAUCUGUCCCAGAUAUAUAUUUUCAGAGCAGAACUUGCCUGAACUGACCCACCCAACCCUCCCUAUUCUUUCUCUAGAGACAGAAGCCAGAAACUGCAAAGACCUCCUGGAACGUGGGGAGACCCUGACUGGCUGGUACACAAUCUACCCAACCAAGGAGAACCCGAUGCUGGUUUUCUGUGACAUGGAGACAGAUGGAGGAGGCUGGUUGCUCUUCCAGAGGCGGCAGGAUGGAUCUGUCAAUUUCUACCGUGACUGGGAAUCAUACAAGAAAGGAUUUGGAAGACAAGGAUCAGAAUUCUGGUUGGGCAAUGAUAAGAUCCAUCUUCUCACCAGCUCUGGAACACAGCAGUUGAGGAUUGAUCUGGAAGAUUUCAAUGGUUCCAAAACUUUUGCAACUUAUUUCAGUUUCAAAAUUGCAAAUGAAAGUGAAAACUACAGGCUGACCGUGGGUUCCUAUUUGGAUGGCAACAUGGGUGAUUCUUUCUCAGGACAUAAUGGCCUGGCAUUCUCUACUAAAGACAAAGACAAUGAUGACUUUGAACCCUCAAGUUGUGCUGCAAAUUACAAGGGAGGCUGGUGGUAUGGUGCCUGCCACUCUUCCAACCUGAAUGGCCUGUAUCACAAAGGGGAACAUACCUCUUAUGCUGAUGGCAUCAACUGGUAUACUGGGAAGGGGUAUCAAUAUUCUUACAAGUAUGCGGAUAUGAAAAUUAGACCACAAUAAAUGAAACCACAGUUUAACAGAUUCUUCAACAGACAUCACUCCAAAAGUACUAGCAGAUUAUUAUUAUUCUCUUUUGCCUACCAGAAAAAGAAAAUUAAAUACAAUAAAUCUU